AUGGCCGAGCUGACCAUGGCAAUACCACUGCGCAUCCCACUGCUCCUGCUGGCAGCCUUGGUGGCUGGCUGUGCCGCGAGACCCGAGCUUGGUAGGAGCUCUCAGCUAAUGCUGGGCGGCUUGGAGGAAGCUGACGUCCAUGAAGAGGGCGUGCGUCAGGCAAUAGACUACGCCAUCACUGUUUACAACCAGGAGAACAAUGAUAUAUACUAUAGCCGUGUGCGACGGGUGGUGCGCGCUCGCAAGCAGGUUGUCACUGGGACAAACUACUACCUGGAUUUGGAGAUAGGUCGAACCUCCUGCAGUAAGUCUCAGUCAGACCUGUCUGAAUGUCCCUUUAUUGAACACCCACAUGAGCACAAGAGGACAUUCUGCUCUUUCCAGGUCUACAUUGUGCCUUGGUUACACACAAUCUCCAUGACACAAUAUAGUUGUCAUAAUGAAUAAGGGUGUGUGCCAGGCAGAGUUGCAUUGGCCACCCCUUCCUCAACCCCCUUC